AUGGACAUCACCACCUGGAUGAACAAUCACACAGGGUGGACAGAUUUCAUUCUGGUGGGACUCUUCAGUCAAUCCCAACAUCCAUCUCUGCUUUGUGUGGCCAUCUUUGUGGUUUUCUUGAUGGCCUUGUCCGGAAAUGCUCUCCUAAUCCUCCUGAUACACUCCAAUGUCCAGCUCCACACUCCCAUGUACUACUUCAUCAUCCAGCUGUCCCUCGUGGACAUGAUGUACAUCUCCAUCACUGUGCCCAAGGUGCUCCUGGACCAGAUGCUGGAUGUGAGUACCAUCUCAGUCCCUGAAUGUGGGAUACAGAUGUUCCUCUAUGUGACACUAGGAGGCUCAGGACAUUUCCUUCUGGCAGCUAUGGCCUAUGACCGCUACAUGGCCAUCUGCCAUCCGCUUCAUUACCCUAUGCUCAUGAACCACAGGGUGUGUCUUCUCCUGGUAUCUGGCUGCUGGUUCCUAGGAUCAGUGGAUGGCUUCAUGCUGACUUCUAUCACCAUGACCUUCCCAUUCUGCAAAUCCCAGAAGAUCCAUCACUUCUUCUGUGAAGUCCCUGCCGUGAUGAAGCUCUCCUGCUCAGACACCUCGCUCUAUGAGACACUCAUGUACCUGUGCUGUGUUCUUAUGCUCCUCAUCCCUGUGACAGUCAUUUCAGUAUCUUAUUCCUGCAUCCUCCUCACCAUCCACAGGAUGAACUCUGCAGAGGGCAGGAGAAAGGCCCUGGCCACCUGCUCCUCACACAUGAUGGUGGUUAUGCUCUUCUAUGGUGCUGCUGUCUACAACUAUAUGCUUCCCAGCUCCUACCACACCCCGCAGAAGGACAUGGUGGUGUCCGUCUUUUACACCAUACUCACACCUGUGCUGAACCCCUUAAUCUACAGUUUUAGGAACAAAGAUGUUACUGGGGCUCUGAGAAAAAUGUUGAGUGUGGAACCUUUUUUUCGGGAAACAGUAAAAUAG